GUCUCUAACACCACCCCCUCGACCUCCUCCGGCUCUUCGGACGCCGCCAUGUCUCCGUCCUCAGCAUCGCCCACGCAGAACACGGUGGCCGUGGAGUGCAGGUGAUGACACGCCCACAGGCCCCGCCCCCAACACAGGCACCGCCCCCAACACAGACUCCGCCCACUGCGCCACCUCUGAGGGCCUCAUGGGAAACACACCUGUGGACUGACUUCCUGUCUGAGAACAGGACUGACUUCCUGUCUGAGAACAGAACUGACUUCCUGUCUGAGAACAGCCGUCUGUCGCCACAGGAAACGGCUCCUGAUUUCAAAAUAAAGCCACAGUUUAUCCCGGGGGGGGGGGGGGAAACUAAGCAGCACAGCUCGUUAUGCAAAUGACUUUAUUUUUCUCUCGUUAAUUAACUUUUUUUUUUUAAGAAGAAAAAAAAAGAUUAGAAUAUAAAGUUCCUGACUUCCUGUUUUUAUAACUCAGAGCUUUUAUUUUGGUAAAAACAAAGACUUCCUGUCGCAGAGAAAAUGAAAUAUUUUUUGUUUGUAAAGAAACCUUAUUUAUUCAGUUAAAAAACAGAACCCGACACGAGACGGGAAAAUUACGAUUAAAUUCAUAACUAAAAUAAACAUGAAUUUAAAUCUCAGGAAGUCUUAAUUUCUCCUGAAUUUGUUAAUUAAACAUUUUUAGUUUUUUAUGAAGUUUUUAUUUUAGGAGAUUUAUUUAUCCCACCCCCCCCCUCUUCUUCUGUGGUGCCGUGGCGCAGGCGGCUGCUUCCUGUUGUAAAUAGAGCCGUGCAGACAGACGUGUGUCCAGAAGGUUUUCUGUAAAGAAUGAUUUAUAGUAUUUUUUAAGAGACGCCUGUUUGUACUGUAUUAUCAACUCGUGGUUUUCUAUGUGCUGAUUUGUUCGGCUGUAAAUACACCGACACGAGGACAAUGAGCAGCUCUCUGGUUCUAAUAAAGUUUUUAAAUACGUC